AUGGUUAAAUUUGCUCGCGGUGUGAAACAUUUACAAGCUCAAGAAUUUGAAAAAUAUAAAGAAAAUUGUCAAAAACAAUUUGAACUUCAAAAUCGUCUUUUCACAUGUACAGAUGAACAAUCAACUGAUGAAGAUACGUCAGAAGAAAGUGAUGAAAAUGCUCAAUUACUUGAUGAAAUGAGUCGAACAUUAGAAAAUCUCUUACGACAAAAUAACGCAAUAAAUACACCAAAUUCAAGUUCAAACGAACGUCCGAAAAUGUUACAUAUUAUUCGAACUUAUAUUGAUAAUCAAGGUCAAUCUUAUCAACAAGAAGAAUUUGUUCGAAAUAAUGAUUCAGUUAUUCAAGCAUACAUUAAAAUUCGUCAGACUAAAAAUGAUAAAUUUAUUAAAGCGUAUUAUACUUUGGAUGAGACUGAACGUGAAACAUUAAAACGAGAACGUCGUCGUCUUCAAGAACAACUUCGUCGAGUAAAACGAAAUGAAGCACGUUAUAAUCAAUAUGAAAAGCAACAAAUAUUAUUACAAAUACAACAACAAAAUCUAGCAUUAAUUCAAUCAGCUGAAACAUGCCAAUUACCAUCGUUAUCAUCGUCUCCGAUUAAUUUAAAACGUUCAAAUAGUAUUCUGUCUAAUUUACAAUUAAGUAUGAGUGAAGAUGAUGAUCAUUCUUCUUCAUCAAUAUCUUGA